UCAUAACUAAAGUCAACAUGUAUCAUAUAUUUCAGAUCUCCGGCGAAGUUAUCAAAGCUUUGGGGUUGAAGACGAAAAUUCUGAUAACAGUCGUCUUUAGUACCUUACUAAUUUUGUCUGUAAUGUUAUUAUCAUUCUCAAACAACUUCAACAAUAAACUCUUUGCUGCUACAAUCAACGAGGAAUCCGAAACAACGGGGGAUAAACUGAUAGGAGGACUUUUAACCGCGGAUUUCGAUGAAGGUUCUUGUUUGAGUAGGUAUCAUAAAACUUUCUUGUACCGCAAGCCUUCGCCAUACAAGCCUUCAGAAUAUCUUGUCUCGAAGCUUAGAAGCUAUGAGAUGCUUCACAAACGUUGCGGUCCAGGGACAAAAGCUUACAAGGAAGCAACAAAGCAUCUUAGUCAUGAUGAGAAUUAUAAUGCAAGCAGAUCAGAUGGUGAAUGCCGAUAUGUUGUGUGGCUCGCGGAUUACGGGCUUGGAAACCGACUACUUACUCUUGCUUCUGUGUUCCUCUACGCUCUCUUGACUGAUAGAAUCAUUCUUGUUGACAACCGGAAGGAUAUUGGUGAUCUCUUAUGCGAGCCAUUUCCAGGUACUUCAUGGUUGCUUCCUCUUGACUUUCCAUUGAUGAAAUAUACUUAUGGAUACAACAAGAAUUACCCUCGUUGUUAUGGAACAAUGGAGGAAAAUCAUUCCAUCAACUCGACUUCAAUCCCGCCGCAUCUAUAUCUACAUAACCUCCAUGAUUCAAGGGAUAGUGAUAAGAUGUUCUUCUGCCAAAAGGAUCAAAGUUUGAUUGACAAAGUCCCUUGGUUGAUUUUUAGAGCCAAUGUUUACUUUGUUCCAUCUUUAUGGUUUAAUCCAACAUUCCAAGCCGAACUAACUAAGCUGUUUCCGCAGAAAGAAACCGUCUUUCACCACUUGGCUCGGUAUCUUUUUCACCCCAAAAAUCAAGUUUGGGAUAUCGUCACUAAGUACUACCAUGAUCACUUAUCCAAAGCAGAGGAGAGACUCGGGAUUCAAAUUCGAGUUUUUCGCGAUCAAGGUGGAUACUACCAACACGUCAUGGACCAGGUCAUAUCAUGCACACAAAGAGAGAAACUUCUACCUGAAUUGUCUACACAAGAAGAAUCAAAAGUCAAUGUAUCGAACACCCCGAAACUUAAAGCUGUUCUUGUCACUUCUUUGUCUCCUAAGUACUCUAAACAACUAGAGAACAUGUUUUCAGAGCGAUCAAAUGUGACAGGAGAGAUUAUUGAAGUUUAUCAGCCAAGUGGAGAAAGGUAUCAACAAACAGAUAAGAAGCAACACGACCAAAAGGCGCUUGCUGAGAUGUUUCUUUUGAGCUUAACCGAUAACAUUGUUACAAGCUCAAGGUCUACAUUUGGAUAUGUUGCUUAUAGUCUUGGAGCAUUAAAGCCAUGGUUACUUUAUCUGCCAAAUGAUCUCAAAGCUCCUGAUCCGCCGUGUGUUCGAUCUAUGUCGAUGGAGCCUUGUUUCCUUACUCCUCCGACUCAUGGAUGUGAUGCCGACACGGGAACUAUAUCGGGGAAAGUUGUUCCUUUUGUUAGGUAUUGUGAGGAUAUAUGGGGGCUUAAGCUAUAUGAUGAAUUAUAGAUAUUGUUUAUCACAUUUGAUUUGUUGAAUUAUUGAAGCAUACGAUAAAUGUUAUAUAUCUUU